AUGGACAACUAUAGAUUCGGAGUUGUUGACUAUACCGUGUUUCUGGGUAUGACCAUAGCAUCCAUCGCCACAGGACUUUAUUACGGAUGGAUAAAAAAAUCCAAGAAAAAUGCAGAACCUAGCCCGCCACCUGUAGAUUCCUCCGAAAGAUCCAUGCCAAACUUCGGAUCGGAAAAAAUGAACGAGUAUCUCAUGGGUUCGCGCAAUCUGAAAGUUUUUCCUGUUGGAAUGAGUUUGGUAGCCAGCUUUAUUUCGGGCGUUGCAAUACUGGGAGCACCUUCAGAGAUUUACUAUUAUGGCACUCAAUACAGUCUUAUUGUCGUAGCCAUUAUAAUCCAAGGACUUGCCGUAGCCUAUAUCUACUUGCCUGUGUUUUCAGCUCUUCAAGUUCGCUCAUCCUAUGAGUACUUGGGGAUGCGUUUUCACUCGAUUAUAAGAAGCAUAGUUUCUAUAAUAUUCGUCAUUGAAGUGAUACUUUAUAUGCCUUUUCUGGUCUUUGUUCCGGCACUAGCUUUAAACCAGGUUUCCGGUAUUAAUAUUUAUAUAAUAGAAGUGGUGACUAUUAUAGUGGUCGUUAUUUAUACUUUAUUGGGCGGUCUGAAGGCGGUGGUUCAUACAGAUAUCUGGCAAGUGGCAAUCAUGUUUAUAUCUGUUCUGGUUGUGGCUAUACUUGCGACCUGUUAUAUCAGCGACCUAGAUGACCUACUAGAAAAAGUUGAAAAGGGACAAAGACUUAUAUUUGGCAAUAUUGAUUCCUCGCCAUAUAUCCGAAACACCGUGUGGAGUGUUCUAAUCGGGUGUACUUUCUACUUGACCUCAAUUAAUGCGGUUAAUCAGGCGAUGGUUCAUAGAUAUAUGUCUUUGCCUUCGUUACAAAUGGCCCAAAAGUCCAUCGCCUUUUUUGUCAUUGGAGCUAUCAUAUUUUAUUCCGUCCUGUGCUUUUUGGGAUUGCUAAUCUUUCAUAUGUACAAAGACUGCGAUCCAUUGAGUGCAGGAUAUAUUAAGAAUAACGAUCAGUUGGUGCCCUUUUUCGUGGUUCAGAGUGUCGGUCAUAUCUAUGGAAUGCCAGGUCUUUUUAUAGCUGGUAUCUUUGGAGCCGGCUUAAGUUCCCUUUCUGUGUACUUAAACUCCACUUCACUGGUAAUUCUUCAGGAUAUAAUCCGUGGUUGUUUUAAAAUGCAGCCAGGUGAAAAAGCAUCUGCGAUUUUUGUGAAGUCCAGCAUUGUUAUUUUGGGCGUCAUCGCUUUUGCCUUGGUGUUUAUUCUGGAAAAAGUGAGUGGCGUCCUGAGUAUCUGCAUAUCGUUAGUGGCCAUUGGAACUAGUGCCACAUUUGGAAUCUUCACCCUGGGAAUGCUGGUUCCCUGGUCAAAUACAGUGGGCACCCUAGUGGGUGGAAUCACCGCUUUCCUCUUCACUGGAUGGAUAACCUUUGGAUCGCAAUUUGCUGCGGCAUCGGGACAACUGAAUUCCCAGAUACUUCCUGUAACCGUCGAAGGUUGUGUGGGUAAUGUAACUCUCCCCGAGAAAGUGUGGGUGGACGAGGAGGAAGUGUUUCCACUGUACCGUCUUUCAUUCCACUGGAUAAAUCCCAUUGGUGUGCUUACAGUGGUCGUUGUGGGUUCACUGGUCUCACUGGUGACCAAACCCACAGACAUCAAGACUUUGGAUUCAGAUUUAAUAUCCCCAGUGAUCCACAGGUAA